AUGGCUAAUCCUUUUUUGAUGGAUGAUGAUCCGCUGGAUUCCGGGGACAGUGCACCUAAUCCAUUUUUGCUAGAUGACACACAACAAGAAGAAACAGAUUAUGAUAAUUCAUUUCAAGGUACAAAUCCAUUCGCCUUUGGUGAUGAUGCUGAUGACGAUUUGCAAAUAUCAGAAAAACCCGAAUCUAUGUCAAAUAUAUUUGAUGUAGAUGACACUAAUACAAAUGAUGCCGCAAUGAGCUUUUUUGAUACGACUAUACAAGAAGACGAGACCAAUAUUUCCUCUAGAAAACAAAGUGAAGAUCAAACUAAUUUAAUAGAAGAUGUUCCAGUCAAGAAAAUUCCACCUUCGAGGCCCACUCCACCAUCUCAAACCACUCAAGAUUUAAUUUGUGCGGUAGCAGAUCAGCUAGAUGAAGCAAGCUCGACUAUGUUAGAUAGAAUUCCUGUAACAAGAACACCUAGUCCAGUUUCGAUGAGAGAUCUCGUUUCACCUAGUCCAACACCUGAUUUAUUUGAUGUUACAGACGAUCAAAAUAAUGAUUUCUUAGGCGAAACUAUUGAUAAUCCUUUCGGUAUUGGCAUGCAGCCAACUUUACCAAACAAUUCUGCUAAAACGCAACCAGCACGACCACCUCCUCCAAGGCCUGGAGCACCUCCAAGACCACCUGCACCUUCUGUUAUGGGUGGACCAGGUCCUGUUCAAGCUACUCCAGUUCAAAAUAAUGAAAAGGAUCUAUUUGAUAUGUUUGGAACAAGUACGGCUGCACCACCAAAACCACCACCUCCAAAAUCAAAAGAAGAUAUCUUAAGUCUUUUCGAUAAAGGAUCAAAACCCCCCAUACCUCCAAAACCAGAUCUUUUAAGUGAUGAUUUAGUGUUAGAUAAUGGACAGGAAGAGAAGAAUGAUAUUUUAGCUCAAGAAGGAAAUGGAGCGGAGGAGUCCGCUGUGGACUCAACCGAUAUUUUAAGUAUACAAGAAGAGCAGUCUGAAAAAGGAGUAGUACAACAAACACAAGAAGAACCCGAUGCGAUAUUUUCCAGUACGGUCACUGAGCCGGAAGUUGUAGCAAAAGUUGAUGAGGCCGAGGAAGAGUCAAAUGAAAUUGCAUUAAAUGAACCUACAAUGGAUUCUAUAGCAGCAGUUCAACCGAUUAUUCGUGCUCCGACUCCCGAUAUUGAAAUAACGACGGUUGGUGAUCGCCCUGGAUCAGAUGAAGAGGAUGAGUUUAUUCCACAUGGUAUAGUAAGACCACAUAAGGAAGUUGAAGUGGAACUAGAAAGUGAUCAAAAAAAUGUUGAGUCUUCAGAUUAUAGUCCGCCAACUGAGUCAAAUAUUACAACACAAGCUAUACCAGAUUCACCAAAUGAUAAUGUGAAUAAUAUUCAGGAAUCAGAACAAAUGGACACAACUUUAGAUUUUGCACCUGCUAGCGGUAGUGCUUCUGCUAAUCCUUUUGCCAGCCCAGAAGAUGAAAAUCCUUUAGAAUAUACUCAAACUACUGGUGUGACUAACAUAUUUGCUGUUGAAGAAUCUGUUAUGAACUCUAAUAUAAAUGCAUAUUCCACUGAAAUGAAUAUAAAUCAGGAGCACCAAAACAAUAUUUUUGCAGCACCUCCAGUGGCGCGACCACCACCUCCAACUGUGCCACAAAGACCAGCGUUACCGCCAACAAAUAUUUUUGCAGAGCCUGAUGAGUUUGAUGCUUUUGCAGCAAAAUUUGACUCUGCUAAAAAAGAAAAAGGUGGACUUUUAGAUGGAUUUGGAAUUUCAAUUCAAUCAGGACCAGCUGUGGAUGACGCUUGGGGUUCAACUAAUGCUUUUGGAACUGAGUCUUCCGAUGCGGGCUUUGGUGCUGAUGACACUGGCUUUGAUUCUUGGGCUCCCGAACCUUCUUAUAAUAGAAGGGAUUCAGUUGAUUCUACAGAAGAGAAAGAUUUCAAUGUUGUUAUUAGACCUAAAGAUAUUUCGGCAUCAAGCGGUCUCGCACCGGCCUUGGCACCACCUCCUCGAACGUCGCAAAAUAACUCUAUUUAUUCUGGAGACUCAUCACCCAGGGUUGUAAAUCCAUUUGAGCAGGCCGAAUUAAGUGGAGACAUGACACAUAAACGCACUGAUUCUCAAGAAACACCACCAACACCACUGUUCGAUGAAGAUAUUUCACAGCCACUCGAAGAUUUUCCAAGACUCAAUUACACGGGUUCUGGAUGGGAAAUGCACCUUAGGCAACCUAAUAAAAAAAAAAUUACAGGGCAAAGAUUUUGGAAAAAAAUUUAUACAAAACUUGUUUAUCAGGGAGAUGUACCAGUUGUUCAGUUAUUCAAUCAAGCAACAGAUAAAAGCCCGUUUCAAGAACUACCAUUGCAACCUUCAUAUUCGGUUUCAGAAAUAGCAGCACAACAGUUUGACCAGUUUGGAAAAAUAUUCACGUUGAAAUUACAGUACAUAUUUUAUAAGGAACGCCCAGGAGUACGACCUGGUCAAAUAACUAAAGCGGAAAGAAUAACAAAUAAGUUAAGUCAGUUUGCUCAAUAUGCUAUAGCUGGUGAUUAUGCAGGCGUGAAAGAAUUUGGUAGUGACUUAAAGAAAUUGGGUCUACCAGUUGAACAUGCACCUCAGUCAUCACAAUUAGCGAAGCUUGGUACUAUGACUUACGAAGAUUUAAAGCAAUUUUCAAUCUUGGUCGAAGAAGCGUUGUUUAAAUUGUCGGCUCAUCGUGACAGAGCUUUAACUUAUAAAAUGGAAGAAGUACAGGUAACGGCUGUCGAUGAAAUUUAUGUGGAGCAAGAUUCCGAUGGUCACGUGCAUAAACAAAUCGCGCGGGUUCGCUUAUUUUUCUUGGCUUUUUUGUCAGGUAUGCCUACAAUUGAAUUGGGCUUGAAUGAUAUGUGGCGGCAAGGAAAGGAAGUUGUUGGAAGACACGAUAUUAUACCAGUUGUUACUGAAGAAUGGAUUAGACUCGAAGGCGUGGAAUUUCAUAAUGUCGUGCAACAAGACGAGUAUGAAAGAAGUCGGACUAUUAAAUUUCAACCACCUGAUGCUUGUUAUAUUGAAUUGAUGAGAUUUCGAGUGCGACCACCUAAAAAUAGGGAAUUACCCUUACAACUGAAAGCUUCCUGGUGUGUUACUGGAAACCGUGUCGAAUUAAAAGCGGACAUUCUUGUUCCAGGUUUUACAUCAAAAAAACUUGGACAGAUACCAUGCGAAGACGUUUCCAUAAGAUUUCCUAUUCCAGAAUGCUGGAUUUAUCUAUUUAGAGUUGAAAAACAUUUUAGGUAUGGGUCAGUUAAAUCAGCUCAUAGACGAACGGGCAAAAUUAAAGGAAUAGAAAGAAUUUUGGGUACUGUUGAAACUUUACAAGAAUCUUUGAUUGAAGUAACAUCUGGGCAAGCAAAAUAUGAGCAUCAUCAUAGGGCUAUAGUUUGGCGUUGUCCAAGAUUGCCUAAAGAGGGUCAAGGCGCUUAUACAACCCAUCAAAUGGUUUGUCGAAUGGCUCUCACUUCCUAUGAUCAAAUACCAGAGCAAUUAGCACCAUAUGCUUAUGUAGAGUUCACAAUGCCUGCAACACAGGUAUCUCAUACUACAGUUAGAUCAGUUAGUGUUCAAGAUUCUGAUAGUGAUGAGCCACCAGAGAAAUAUGUUAGAUAUUUAGCGAGGCAUGAAUACAGGGUUGGAAUUGAGACUACACAGGGUGAAACUGUUAAUGCUUACUUAGCAGCUACAAAACCAAUAAAAGAAGAGCCUGCAACAACACCUGUAUCGCAUUCACCGGCGUUACCAAGUGAUUCAGAUUCAGAUUCUAAUUAAAAUUAAAAUUGUUAUACUUUAAUUCUAAGAGCGAACAACAACAAAAAAACAAAAUACAUAAUAUAUGAAAUAUUGAACUGCAAUAAUUUUAUUACUUUCGUUAUAAAUACAUGCAUAUAAACCUACUAUAUCUGUAUUAUUAAGCUGCGUCAAAAUUAAUAAAGAAAAUGUAAUGAAAAAAAAUAUUAAUUUAAAUAAAUUGUACUUUAAUAUUGUUUUCAAUAAUUUUUUAAUCUAAAAUUAAAAAAUUUAAAUUUAAUUAAAAUAAUUAAAUGGUAUAAUAAUUAAUUGUUUUUUUUUUUUAAUUUUAUAUAACUUUCAUUCGUUACACAACAAAAUUUAUAGAACAUUCAUUUAUUAUUCAUAUUACUUUUAAUUAUAAAAAAUGCGCAUAUAUUAGAGCAAAAUUUAAUGAAUUUUUUAAAAUUAUCAAAAAAAAAGGAAAAUUAAGUCAUAUAAAAUUAUUAUAUAUUUAUGUGCUGUGUAUAUUUAGUAUUUAACAAAAUGGUUGUUUUAGAACCAUUUUAAAUGUAAAAAAUCAUAUAGAAUUUUCGCGACAAUUAAAAUUAAAACGAGUAUUAAAUAAAAAAAAAAAAAAAAUAUAAAAAAAAAAAAUUAUGUAAAAAUUCAUUUUAAAAUUAUUGUUCAGGUUAUUUUAAAAUAUUUUAAAACAUCGAAUAUUUUAAUUUUCUCUAAUUAUUUGCUAAUUCACAAUACAUAUUUUAUUUUGAUUUAAAAUGAUAAUUCACAAAAUUUAUUUUUAUUUAAAUUUGGAAUUUUUUGCAAUAUUGCGUUUCCUCAAUGUAAGUUUAUUGUUACCAAUUUUAAUAAUAAAAUACGAUUUUUAAAAUGUAUGCAGUGUAAUAUUAAAAAACAAAAUAUUUAUUUUAAUUAUUUUAAUAUUUUAAAUUUUUUGACAAUAAAUAAGUAUUAAAAUAAAUUGAAAAUUACGGGACAAAAGAAGAACAUAAAAUAAAACAGAGGCGCGUAGAGAGAUAAAUUUGAUACGUAAAAUAUUAAUAAAAAUAAAUAAAUAGAGCGAUUAAAUGAGAAAAUCAUUUAAAUCAAAAAUAUUUUUCAUUUGAUUUUAUGUAUGUAUUCAUUUAAAGUAAUUGUAAUAUAUAUAUAUAUAUAUAUAUGUAUAAACAUAUGUCUAAAUUUUAGUCAUAAAAUUUAUUUUAUUAUUUUAUGUUUAGACUCAAUAUUUAGAAUUGAAUUUUUACUCAAAAUAUUAAUAGCAAUUAAUAUUUCAGGCUCUUUUUGAAUAUAUAGAAAUAAAUAAAUUCAGGUUUUCUUUCAAUUGAAAAUUAAUAAUUGAUCAAAGCUAAUGAUCAUUAAAAUUUUGUAACAUUUUAUUUCAAUAAUUCUAAAAAUUAUUCUAUUUUUAAUUAUUUCAAGGUUAAUAACUUUAUAACUAAUAUUUUUUUUUAAUUUUUGGGCAAUCCUUUAAUUUUUAACAUCCUUACACUUUAACUAAAGUAAAAUAUAAAAUUAUAAUUGAAAAUAAAAUUAUAAAAUAACCAUAAAAAUAAUGAAUGAAUCCUACAAUAAUAAACAAUAACAAAAUUAUAGAACAAACUUAUAAAUUAAAUAAAUAAAAUUGUUAAAUUCAUUAAAAAUAAAAUCAUAUUCAUAUAUAUAUAUAUAUAUUGUAUAUAUACACUUGUAUAUAUAUAAACAUAUAUAAAUUUGUAGUUAAAAAUCAAUAAGAAUGAAAUUAAAACUAGACAUACAAGAUAAUUAAUUAUUAAGAAAAAAUCCUCCACAAAAAAUUAAACAAACCAAAAAAACCAAAAAAAAAACCAAAUUGCACAUUUUCCACAAUAUUCUAUACCUUUAAUAUAAAAAUAUGUAAAUUAAUUUAAAAAAAAAAAUACAAUAUUAAAUAAGAAUAAUCCUAAUAGGAAAAAUAAAAAUAAAGUUAUAAUUAAUUAUUUAAUUUUUAAAUCAGAAAUUUAUAAAUAAAUUCCACAGCAUUAAUAUAUUAAAGAAAAUAUUGUUAAAAGUUUAUUUGUUAAAGUUAUAUUUUUUAUUAAUAAUAAAUUAUUAUUGAUUUGUUGAAGGACGGAAAAAAUAAUAUGUUAAAAAAAUAAAAUAAAAUAUAAGUAAAAUCGAAAUCAGAAUAAUAAAAGAAUUGCAAUAUUAGUAUUGAUAAAAUAAGAAAAACAAAAACAAAUUAUUAAAUUAAAAUUGUUAAAAUUUUUUAACAAAUAUACAAAAAUUAAAUUUAUAAUUAUUAAAAUCAAUAAAAAUUCAUUUAUUUUCUUCUUUUUUCGUAUAUUAACAAUUCAUUCUUAUUGGAAAUAUUCAAAAUAUUGUAAUUGUGUUAUAAUUUUUUAUAAUACACAUAUAAUUUCAUUGGUAUUUAAUUGGAAAUAUUGUGAAUUGAUCAAAAAAUAUAAAUACAUUGAAAAAAUGUAUAUAUAAUAUUGUGAAUAUAUUUAAAAUUCAAAUCACUUUAAUAAUUUACAAAUUUUGUUGGAAGCAUAAUUAAAAUAAGAAAUAAAUUUUCAGAGUACUCCGCGAAAGUUUUUUAGUAUUUCACAUUGAGGUUACAAAUUUCUUUUUGCGUGAACAUAAAAUAUGAGAAAAUAAAAAAAAAGUAAUAGUAAUGUAAACUUUGUUAUUCAUUUAAGUAAAAAUUUUAUAAAUAAUUAGAAUUUUUUUAUAAAUUCUAAUAAUUUCGAAAAUAAAAUAUAAUUUUAAUUAUAUAUGUAUUAAUAAACACAAUUUUAAGUAGAUGCUUUUUAAAUAAUUACUAAAUUUUUCAAUAUUUAUAAAUUUUCAAUAGAAAAACAAUAUUUUAGUAUAAUACACUGAUGGUAAUCUUAAACUAUUUUAAUAAUAUUUUUUAAAUGAUUUUUUACAAUAUUUUAUUAUACACAAUAUAAGAACAAUGAAUGUUAUUUGUAUUUAAUCAUUGCAUAAUUUCACGUAAAAAUAAAUUAAAAAAUUAAAUGUUCACAAUAUUAUUUUUUGUAUAAAAAUUGUAUAAUUAUAUAGCGUAAAUUUUCAUUUAAGAAGAUUACUGUAAUUAAAAUAUUUUAGAAUAAAUAGCAGUGUUACCGUUUUAAUGCUAAAUGACAAAUAAUUUUAGAAAUUGUGGAAUAUUACAUAAUUUUUAACUAUUGGAACUAUUUUUUUUAAUGCAUUUGUUACACUAUUGAUAUGGAAAUUAAAUGGAUAUUUUUUUAAAAAAAAUUACUAAAUGCAAUAUUAUGGCAAGAAAUUGGUUCAACAUAACGGUUAUCCAGAUGUAAACUAUAGCAACAUUAAAUGGAACCGUAAAUUGCUAUGAAAUUCUUUUUUAAAUAUAGAGUUUUUUUCUUUUGAAUUUCGGAACGUAUACUUAGCAAUAGGCUGCAACAACAACUUAAUACGAUAUAAUAGAAAGUGGUAUUAAAAGCAUUGUGGAAGUUUUCAUGCUUUAUUUUCAUGAUGAGCUAUUAUAUGUGGCUCAGUUCAAUCAUUUUGACAUUAAUUCAGAUUUUCAACAUAUGAAGGCGAUUAGCAAUUAAUGGCUAUUAAAAUAUCCAUCUGAAUUGGUAUUCCAUGAACCACAUGGAUUUAAUUAUUAUUGAUUGAACCUCUAUAUCGAUAUUGUUAUUUUUAGCUAAGGAAAAAAAAAUUCUAAAAUAUUUCUUAUUGCAAAUGAAAUUCUCGAAUGAAAAUUUUACCAUUAAAAUAUUCAAAAAUUAGCAUUCAUUUAAUGUAUAUAUAAAUUAUAUCUGAUCAUUAUUCACAAUAAAAUUUUACAUAUUUUACGAAUACCUAUGUAUGUGUAGAAUGUAGACCAAUAACAUUAUUUUAUAGAAAUAAUAUAAUUUCUUUGUUAUAGUCCCUUACAUAUUAUUUAAUUUCAAAUUAUUUACUUAAUAUUUAAGUACAUUAUACAUUAAAAAUAAAUUUAAAUUCAAUUAAUUAAUGUAAUUAAUA